AUGGACCAAAUGAAGAAAGUCAUGGAGGAGAUGAAGGAGAACAUGAGGAGAACGAAUCCUAUAGAGGAUUUGGUCCACAGGACUGACUCUCCUUUUACGGCUUCCAUCAAUGGCCACCCUCUACCAUCAAAGUUCAAACUACCUUCCCUGGACUCGUAUGAUGGGACACGUGACCCCUUCGAUCACAUUGCAACAUUCAAGACGACAAUGCACCUCCAAGGGGUCCCUGAUGAAAUCAUGUGUCGAGCCUUCCCUACUACCCUUAAAGGCCCGGCACGAGUUUGGUUCAGUAAAAUUCCCCCAAGUUCCGUAAGUUCUUUCGAAGAAUUAAGCAAAUUGUUUGUUAACAAUUUCAUAGGGGGACAGAGGCACAAGCGCUCUUCGUCCAGCUUACUGACCAUAGAACAAGGGGAGAACGAAAGCCUGCGGUCAUUCAUCACUCGCUUCAACAGAGAAGCCCUUAGCGUGGACGAGGUGGACGACAAGCUUCUACUGGCAGCCUUCCACAAUGGGAUUAAUUCGGAUUUAUUUAUCCACAAGCUAUACGAGAAGGAGCCUCAAACCAUGGCUGAGCUCAAGAGGAAAAGAGCUGAGAGGAUGGAAGCGCACCCAGUUCGACACUCAGAACAAGCCCCUCGUCCAAAGAAGGGACGGACGGAAGAUAGGAAGGAACGAGAUGGCAGGAAGACAGGUCCCUUGGGAAGAAGCCAGAACUAUACGCCCCUGAACGCUCCACUUAAUCAGGUGCUCAUGCAAAUCAAAGACGAUCCUUCUUUAAAAUGGCCAGAGAAGAUGAAAGGGGAUCCCAACAAGCGCAAUAAGAACAAAUAUUGUCGCUUUCACAGGGACCAUGGGCAUGACACGGAUGAAUGUUAUGACCUAAAACAGCAAAUUGAGAACCUUAUCAGGCAAGGAAAGUUGAAGCACUUCGUUGGAAGGGAUCGUACAGAUGAGAAGCUGAAAGGCAAAAUGGAGGAAUCAUCCCGGCCCCCACUUGGAGAGAUAAGGAUUAUCGUUGGAGGGAACCCGAUGGGGCAAUCUUCCAAAUCGAAGAAGACGUAUCUCAAAGCGGUACAAAAUGUCCAGCUCUCUGGACGACCACCAAGGACGAGAUUUAUGGACGAGCCAACCAUUUCCUUCACCGAUGAAGAUGCUGAGAGGAUCCAUCACCCGCACGACGAUGCGAUCGUCAUUACACUGCUCAUUGCAGAUUAUACAACCAGAAGAGUGUUAGUUGACAAUGGAAGUUCAGCAGACAUAUUGUACUACCCCACCUUCCAACAGAUGAGGCUUGGACGAGAUCAACUUCGUCCAGUAUGCUCGCCGCUGAUAGGAUUUAAAGGAAUGAAGGUGCAGCCCGUGGGUACCAUUACAUUACCAGUGGUGGUAGGGUCAUACCCGCAACAGAUAACCAAGGAAGUCAAUUUCCUCGUGGUAGACUGUACUUCUUCAUACAAUGCCAUCAUUGGAAGACCCACUCUUAAUAGUUGGAAGGCGAUAACCUCGACCUACCAUCUAUCAGUCAAAUUCCCUACGGAGUACGGGAUAGGGCAAGCACAAGGAGAUCAGUUGGCAGCUAGAGAAUGCUACUUAGCCAUGAUGGCUUUGGACGAACAGGUGCAGACAAUGAGCAUCGAGGAAAGAAGAGUUAUUGCAGAGCCCAUGGAAGUGUUGGAAGAUGUUCUUUUGCAAGAAGAUGAUCCUGAGAAAUUUACCAGAAUUGGAACAGGUAUGAAGGAGAAGGCAAGACAAGACCUCAUCCAGUUCCUGAGAAAAAGUAUUGACGUUUUUGCAUGGAGUCAUGACGACAUGCCAGGAAUCGACCCAAGUGUGAUCACUCAUCGAUUGAAUGUAUACCCCUUUUUUAAGCCUAUCCGUCAGAAGAAGAGGGUAUUCGCUCCCGAGAGGGACAAGGCAAUCAAGGAAGAAGUUCAAAAACUGACCACGGCGAAGUUCAUUAAGGAAGUCUAUUACCCGGAUUGGUUAGCCAAUGUGGUGAUGUUGCUGAGCUUCAUGGAUGCCUUUUCAGGAUAUAAUCAGAUCAAGAUGGAUGAAGCCGAUCAGGAAAAAACUUCCUUCAUUACCAGCCAAGGCUUGUUUUGCUACAAAGUGAUGCCCUUCGGCUUGAAGAACGCAGGGGCAACUUAUCAAAGGUUAGUGAAUCAUAUGUUUCGUCCACAAAUAGGACGGAAUGUGGAGGUUUAUGUCGACGACAUGUUUGUGAAGAGCAUAGACGAGGGAAGCCAUCUAGACGACCUACAGGAAACCUUUGAAACACUUCGGCGAUAUAAGAUGAAGUUGAACCCAAGCAAGUGUGCAUUCGGAGUAUCGUCGGGAAAGUUUCUGGGGUUCAUGGUCUCGCCAAGAGGAAUUGAGGCAAAUCCGGACAAGAUCCAAGCUAUAUUGAACAUGGAGCCACCGAAGAAUAUUAAGGAAGUCCAAUCCCUCACAGGGCGAGUUGCUGCUUUGAACAGGUUUGUUUCGAAAGCCACAGAUAAGUGUUUACCUUUCUUUAAAGUCCUCAGGAAGGCAUUUGAGUGGACGGACGAAUGCCAAAGGGCCUUCCAAGACCUGAAGGACUAUCUCACAACUGCCCCAUUAUUAAGUCCAUCCGUACAAGGAGAAGAACUGUACUUAUACUUAGCGGUGUCCCCACACGCCGUAAGUUCAGCUUUAAUCAGAGAAGAGGGGAAAAUACAAAAACCGGUGUACUACACUAGCCGGGCACUCAGAGGAGCAGAGGGAAGAUAUCCGCUCAUGGAGAAAUUGGCUUUUGCACUGAUAACGGCUUCUAGGAAGUUGAGACAUUACUUCCAAUGGGCAGUUGAACUUAGUGAAUUCGACAUUCGGUACCAACCGAGAAAUGCAAUAAAGGCUCAAGCCCUAGUAGAUUUCAUUGCAGAGUUCACUCCAAGUUACGAAGACUUGGGGGAAGGAGAGUACAACAAAUGGGUCGUCCAUGUAGAUGGGUCAUCCACAUUAUAUGCUGGAGGAAUAGGAGUUGUUUUGCAGUCGCCGGAAGGGGACAAAUUGAAAUACAAGGCCCGUCUGCAAUACCAGACUACUAACAAUGAAGUGGAGUAUGAAGCCCUUUUGAAGGGGUUGGAACUGGCCAAAUCUGUAGAAGCAGACUCAGUACUUGUCAUGGGAGACUCUCAACUGGUCAUAGGCCAAGUCAAUGGAACGGAAGAGAAUGUGGAGGCAGAUACUCUGGCGAAGGAAGCAUCUGCGAAUGAGGCGUUGAACGAUAUAGAUGGUGUAUACUACAUGCCAAGUAUAGACCUUCCAGAACUGAUGCAGAUAGAGGGAGAAGGAAAUUGGAUGACCCCAAUAGUGUCCUACUUAAAGGACGGAAGGCUUCCAGAAGAGAAGGACGAAGCAAGGAAGCUCAAAGUCAAGUCAACCAGGUAUGUGCUUAUGGACGAGGUGUUAUACAAGAGAGGUUUUUCCCAGCCUCUCUUAAGAUGUUUGGCUCCGGACGAAGCAAAUUACAUGUUGAGGGAGGUUCACGAAGGAGCAUGCGGGAACCAUUCGGGAGCCAGAUCACUCGUCCAUAAAGUCAUCCGUAGCGGAUUCUAUUGGCCAACCAUACAAGCUGAUGCUAAAGCAUAUGUCAAAGUAUGUGAUCAAUGUCAACGCUUCAGCAAUAUUCCCAGACAACCAGCAGAAUAUCUCACGCCAAUGAUGGCCCCUUGGCCUUUCGCGCAAUGGGGACUAGACAUUUUGGGGCCCUUUCCGACUGGAACUUGGCAAAUGAAGUUUCUGGUGGUGGGAAUAGAUUAUUUCACAAAAUGGGUGGAAGCCGAACCCUUAGCCAAAAUUACGCAGCAGAAUGUCAAGAACUUCGUCUGGAAGAACAUUGUAUGCAGAUUCGGAGUACCUAGAGUACUAGUGUCUGACAAUGGACGACAAUUUGACAACACACCUUUCAGGAAAUUUUGUGAACAGCUUGGAAUGAAGAACCAUUACUCCUCACCUUCCCACCCACAGGCCAAUGGCCAGAUUGAUCCGCAAAAAGAAAGCAAGCAUGGACGAAUGAAAUCCUUGAACGCAAGGAUAUAUCGUCCAUAA